AUGAGCAGUGGCAUCGGUCUGCAACAGCACUGCGGUAGCCUUCACGAACAGGGCUUGCCACACGGUCUCAGCACGGGAGCCGUGAACUUCUUCAUGGCGGCUGGUGAAGGCUAUGCGCGACAGCGGAUGGAGUCUCAGACGUACUGGGGCUCAGGGGCGCCCCAGCAGCAGACUUCUUCUGCCCCGGUCUAUGGCCCCAGUAAGGCCCCACGCCUUGAGCAGUUUGUCGAUCUUUCGACCAACAGCGGGGGCAUGACUCCAUUCUUCGGACUCGGUGAUGUUGCCAAUGACGCUGGAUGCCGAAAGGGGGAAACCGCAACGGCAGAGGGGAAACGACGUGAGGAUGAGACGAAGAUGGAGGAGUGCCGUGUGAUGCUGUACCCCGCUAUUGUGUUCAACACCCCACAGCAGCAGAAGCAGGAAGUACGCGUGUCGGUGGGUACUCCCACCCCGUUCUCCGCUAUGGGGAUGACGCUGUCGCCCGCUACGGUGGGCCGUGAUCUGGCGUUCGCCACGCCUGCCUCCACGGUGGCCAGCGGUAGCACCGCUCGCGUGGAGCCUCGCGCCCGCCCUCUUUUGCGAAACGCUAACGGAAGCACCACCAGCACUACCCCAACGACCGCAACCGCGACACCGGGCGGCGUCCCAAAUUCCCUUGCCACGGAGCUGGAGUCCGCCUUUGAGGAGCAGCCGUUGAGGCGGCGGGUGGAGGUGAAGAUAAGUCACAGGGUGGGGGGUGAUGCGGCGCCUCAAACCGCCGAGAUGGACACCACCCGUGGCAGGGAUGAUACCCCACCGGGCAGCAAGGAGCAGGGAGUUGCAGAGAGUGGGCGAAGGGAACGUGCUUCACGGCGUCGCGGUAAGGAUCAGCAGCGGCAAGUCAAACCGAAGAACGGCUCCCCGCAGCAGGCGCAACGCGGCAACAACACGAGGCGCUCGCUUCUCCACGCCCUUUCAGCAUAUGAGGGCAUCCACUCGGGGAAUGAUAACCGAAAAUUUCUUCUUGAUUUGCAGUGCCACGGCGGCCGAACGGCCACUGUACUGUCAUGCAUGGAGCUGCAAUCCGGUACCCACAUUAUUUUUGAAGGUGACCGCGGUGUUGAUCUUGGUGAGGUUGUUAAAUGCGAAGAGUCAAACAACACCUCUUCUGGGGGCCCAGGCGGCAAUGACCGCGAGACACUGCAUGCUGUGCGCUGCGCGACGGACGAGGAAGUCGAGGAAUGGAAGGGAGACCUUGUGGCGAAGGAAGAGGAGGCGGUGAUUCAAUGCCGCGCGGCAUGUGAGGAGCUUGGUCUCACGAUUCGUGUCGCCUCUGCUGCCUUUCAAUUUGACCGGCAAAAGCUGAUCUUUAUGUAUGAAAGCGAUGAAAGAGUGGAUUUCCGCACGCUGCUGCAGGCGAUGUUUUCUAAGUAUCGCUGCCGUAUCUGGAUGGAACGCCUCAACGCGGAGCCCUAA